UUUCCUCGCUCCUUCUCUCCCGGGCUCCCGCGGCAGCGCGUGCUGCCCGCACCGUUCUCCGGGGCCGUUACCGGUCCCUGCGCGGGACUCGCUGGAGCAAAGCGCUGCCCAGAGCACCACGCAGCCCGGCGGGCCCGGCCAGGAGCGACCAGAGAGCAGAGAGAAGAGACGAGAGAGCAGAGAGAAGCGAGGAGAGCCGCGAGAAGAGCAGCGGGAAGCGAAGCGCUGCCCCAGAGCGGCCCCGAGCCAGCCCGGCUCUCCCGCCCCGCGGCUCCCGGUCGCGCCCGGCGGGCAGGGGGAGCCGCUCCGCCCGCCCCGGAGGGGCCAGCCCGCGGCCCGGGGCAGCCUGAGCUCCGCCGGGCAGGGCGCGGAGCAGCCCCCGCCGCGGGGCCCGGCAGGGAGCGGGGCCAUGGCGGCGCCGAGGCAGGACUCCCUGCGGCGCCGGCUGCAGAGCUCGCAGGAGGCGCAGCACCGGCAAGCGCUGGUGGUGCGGAAGCUGCAGGCGAAGGUCCUGCAGUACCGGACUCGGUGCCGAGAGCUGGAGCAGCAGGUGGAGGCAGGAGGGGGAUCUCUCCCCGGCAGGUGGGAAGCCACAGAAGACCACAGCCUGGAGAAAGCACUGCUGCAGCUGGAAGAGGAGCAGCAAAGGUGUGAGAAUCUGGCAGAAGUGAACGCUCUCCUGCGGGAGCAGCUCGAUAAAGCCAGUGAGGUUAAUUCAGCCCUCAAAGAAGAUGUUGGAAAACUGACGGCGGAUUGGAUGAGGGCCCGGGAGGAGCUGGGCUUGAAGGAGAGUGAAUGGCGCCGUGAGCGCGAGGUGCAUGAGAGCUACGUCAGGGGUGAACAUCAGCGUCUCCUCAGCCUGUGGUGCCAGGUGGUGACCUUCCGCCGCCAGUUCCUGGAGAUGAAGACUGCCACUGACCGAGAUUUGUCCGAGCUGAAGGCAGAGCACAUGAGGCUUUCUGGAGCUGUGCUCGUGAGCUGCUCCCGUCCAACCUCUGGCGACCUGGAGAAGAAGGAGCUUCAGGACAGGGUGAUGGAGCUCUCGGCCUUGCUUGUACGGUCCCAGAAGCAGAACGAGGGGAAAGAGAAGAUCAUGAAAACACUUCAGGACACUGUGGAGAUUCUGGAAGCCGGUCGGUUAGAGAAAGAACAUGAAGUUCUGUGCAGUGAAAAUGCCAAAGAGGAGAACCUGUCCCUGCAAAAGCUCAUAAAAGAUAUAACUGAGGCCCUACACAAAGAGCUUUCUGCCAGGCAGGACUCUAUCGAUUCCCUGCUGCAGCAGCACAGGCAGCAGGAAGAGAAGUGCAGGAAGCUGCAGCAGAGGCUUGAGCAGCUGCAGGAGGAAUGCGCCACGUCCAGCAGCCAGCGGCAGCACCUCCAGUCUCUGGUGGAAGCGCUCAGAAGUGACUGUGCCAACCUGGAGACAACCAGGGACGAGCUACAGCAGCAGCUGGAAGUAACGGAGCAAGAAGCCUCGCGUCUGCGUCAAAGGAACACGGAGCUGCAGCUGAAGGAAGACUCAGCCCAGGGGGACAAGGUGGAGCAGCAGCAGGCGAUGGAGAGAGCGCGUCGUGAGCAGGAGCUGCUGCUGAAGGACUUUGCUGCACUCGAAGGAAAACAUUCGUUAUUGCAGAGUGAGCUGGUAGUGGCGAGAGAGACGCUGGAGGAGUCGCAGCUUCAGAGGGAUCUGCUGGAGCAAGAGAAACACGAGCUGACCACGGCCCUGGAGAAGGCCAAGCAGUCGGUGGCAGAAUUGACCAGGACUCAGAAGAGCCUGCGUGUUGAAAUAGCUGAUCUCCGUGCUGCAGCAGCCAACAUGAGCAGUAUCAAUGAAGCUCUUGCAGUGGAGAAAGUGCAGCUGAACAACCUUGUGCUGCAGCUGGAGCAAGAGAAUGAGGUUGUGUCAGAGAAAGUGGCCGAGCUGGAGAGAGCAAGAGUCUGUGAGCAGGAGCAGCUGAGCUGGUGUGAAAGAACCAAGGCAGAGCUCUGUGCAGAGAAAGCCCAGCUGGAGCAGCUGCUGCAGGAAGCAGAGGAGCAGCAGGAGGGGCUGCGGGUGCAGCUGAGGAGACUGGCAGAGGAGAAGGAAGAAACCCAAGAGCAGCUCAGUGAGGUGUCCCGGCAGCAAGAGUCGGCCAGCACUGGUCUGGAGCAGUUGCGCCAGGAGUCCUGUCGCCAAGGGCUCGCACUGGCCAAGGUGUGUGAAGAGAAGGAGGUGCUGGUGCAGGAGAAGGCUGCCCUGGAGCUGCGCCUGGCAGCCGUGGAGCGGGACAGACAAGGCCUUUCCGAGCAGCUGGCAGAGGCCAGGCCGGUGAAGGAGACCCUGGAGCGCAGCCUGUUUGAGGCUCAGCAGCGCGUAUCUCAGCUGGAGAUCGCCCGGAGUCAGCUGGAGAUGCGACUUCACAUCGGCACGCAGGCCAAGGAGGUGAUACAAGGGGAAGUGAAGUGUCUUCAACGUGAGCUGGAAGCAGAGAGAUCUCUCCUGAGGCAGGAACGGGAGAACGCGGCACAACAGCUCUUGCGGAGAGAACAGCAGCAUGACGAUACCCUCAGACUUCGGCAGAGCGAUCAUGAAGCAGAAAUACAGAGGCUUCUGCAAGACCUGGCACGCGCGCGGGAAGGGCACCAGUCAGAGCUGCAGGAGCUGCUGGAGCGAUGGCAACAGGAGAAGGCAGAGACAGAGAGGGAGCACGAGAAGCAGCUGUUGGACAUGGAGCAGAAAGUUGCUGCCGUGCAAGCUCAACAACAAGAGGAACAAACCAGACGUGAAAAUGCUGAGCGAGAGGCCGUGCUGGAAAAGGAGCGUGAGAAGAAUUCUUUACUGGAGACGCUCCUCCAGACUCAGGGAGAGCUCACAGACGCCUGCCAGCGGGUAGAGCAGCUCAGGCAGCAGAUGAAAGAGCAGCGAGAGAAGGGGCAGCAGGCUGCUGCAGAAGGGGAGCGGCUCUCCUGGCUCUCAGAGAAGAGACGCCUGUCGCAGCGGCUGGAAUGUCUGCAGGGAGCAGUUGCAAGGCUGGAACUGGAGAAGACGGAGCUGAAGCAAUACAACGCUGAGCUCAGGAGGACCCUGGAGCUGGUGGAACGUGAACGGAGGAGGCUGAAGAGAUGUUGCCGUGGUCGGUCGCUGCCAGAUGCGUGCGGGUUGUCUCUCUCUGACCAGCGGGAGGUGCCGGCUUCUAGACAGGUGGCCCUCCUGGAGACACAGCUGGUGCAAGCACCAAAAUAGAAGCAGGACUCCAGGGGGCAGUCACACCCUUGGAGAUGAAGGAAGUGAAUUUUAACCACCAGCUGCUGGGGGGACGUGGGGGGGGUGGGUGGGGACAUGGGGAGCAGGCGGAUCGGAAAGGUUGUACCCUCCGAGUACCUCAGCCCAUGGGGAAAGGAGGAGGGAUCAUUGCGGCCGGGAGCUAGGGCUGGGGAACUGGGGUCAAUGGGGGCUGCGUCCCCCACGUUUUGGAAGAGACCCCACAGGGAUAUGCCCGGUGGACUCUUCCCUUUAGUUGAAUAAAGUUUUUCUUUUGGUUUGA